GGGCACGGUGUGUGUGCGCGCGCGUGUGUGGCGUUGAAAUGCCCAGCAUAUCGGGGCAGCAGGACAGAGCCCAGGGCGCGCACGGAGCCUCCGGGUGACUCGCUCCUCCCGCCGCAGCCAUGACGGAGAGCUCGGACAAAGUUCCCAUCGCCCUGGUGGGGCCCGACAACGUCGAGUUUUGCAGUCCCCCGGCGUACGCCACGGUGACCGUGAAGCCCUCCAGCCCCGCGCGGCUGCUCAAGGCCGGAGCCGUGGUCCUCAUUUCGGGGGCGGUGCUGCUGCUGUUCGGGGCCAUCGGGGCCUUCUACUUCUGGAAGGGGAGCGACAAUCACAUUUACAAUGUCCAUUAUACCAUGAGUAUCAAUGGGAAAUUACAAGAUGGGUCAAUGGAAAUAGAUGCUGGGAACAACUUGGAGACCUUUAAAAUGGGAAGUGGAGCUGAAGAAGCAAUUGAAGUUAAUGAUUUCCAGAAUGGCAUCACAGGAAUCCGUUUUGCUGGAGGAGAGAAGUGCUACAUCAAAGCCCAGGUGAAGGCUCGCGUUCCUGAGGUGGGCACCGUGACCAAACAGAGCAUCUCCUCCGAACUGGAAGGCAAGAUCAUGCCAGUUAAAUAUGAAGAAAAUUCUCUUAUCUGGGUGGCUGUAGACCAGCCUGUGAAGGACAACAGCUUCUUGAGUUCUAAAGUCUUAGAACUCUGUGGUGACCUUCCUAUUUUCUGGCUUAAACCAACGUAUCCAAAAGAACUCCAGAGAGAAAGAAGAGAAUUGGCAAGAAAAAUUGUUACAAAUACCACAAAAAGACCACAGAGUGGACCACAGGGCAACCCAGCCCCAGGAAGACCAAACAACGAAACGAGACCCGGUGUUCAAGAGGAUUCAGGCCCCUUCAAUCCAGACAACCCUUACCACCAGCAGGAAGGGGAAGGCAUGACAUUCGACCCUAGACUGGAUCACGAAGGAAUCUGCUGUAUAGAGUGUAGGCGGAGCUACACCCACUGCCAGAAGAUCUGUGAACCCCUGGGAGGCUAUUAUCCAUGGCCUUAUAAUUAUCAAGGUUGUCGUUCGGUCUGCAGAAUUGUCAUGCCGUGUAGCUGGUGGGUGGCCCGCAUCUUGGGCAUGGUGUGAAAUCACUUCAUAUACCACGUGCUGUCAAGUAAGUUUUAACUUGA